AUGGAAAUUCAACCUAUUGUUUCUGGGUUUUCUCCAAAAUCAUCACACACACCCUCAAUUCCAAACGAAAAUCAACUUUUCUCUUUGAAAUUCCCUUCUAUACUUUCUUCUUCAUGCCUUUCUCUACACUCCCAGAAUUCUGAGGUUUUGAGCGGAGCUUAUUUCCCUAUCAACAUUGCAAAAAAAAAGGGAAGAUGUUAUAGCUCUAGGAGGAGAGUAUGGUGCAGCAGUAGCAGGGGAAUUGCAGAUCCAAACAAGGGGCACGGAGUGAGAGCUCAGGUCAUGGAGAGAAGGAAAAAGUUGGCCGUGUUUGUGUCUGGGGGAGGAUCUAACUUCAAAUCGAUUCACGAGGCAUCCAAAAGGGGAUCACUUCAUGGAGAUGUCAUUGUAUUGGUGACGAAUAAAAGCAAAUGUGGAGGUGCUGAGUAUGCAAGAAAUAGUAGUAUACCAGUUAUAUUGUUCCCUAAAGCAAACGAUGAAUCUAAUGGAUUAUGUCCUAACGACCUUGUUGAUACACUAAGAGAUUGGAGGUUGAUUUUAUUCUUUUAG